AUGAACUCCUCCUUCGCCGCCAACCACCUCAUCACCACCCCGACCCUCCCCCCUCCGUGCCGCACAUCCUCUUACCUCAAAUGCCAGCUCCCUUCUUCAUCCUCCUCUGACCACACCAAAGAUCACUCCAAUUCCACUCUCAUCAAAACCCUUUCCACCACCUUCGCCCUCUCCUCCGCUGCCUCCAUCGUCGUUUUCUCCACCUCCCCUCUCCGCUCCCUCCUCCCUGAUGCAUCCGGACAUUUCUCCUCCGGCAGUGGUGGUAAUGCAGGAAAUGGCGGCAACACUGGCGGCGGCGGCGGUGGAGGCGGAGGAGGCUGGUUUGGCGACGACGGAUCCUUCUGGUCAAGACUCUUCUGUCUAUCUCCGGCCAUCGCCGCCGACGAAUCACCGUCGCCGGAAUGGGACUCCCACGGCCUUCCCGCCAACAUUGUGGUGCAGCUGAACAAGCUCAGUGGUUUCAAGAAGUACAAGAUCUCCGACAUCUCGUUCUUCGACCGGAGCCGCCGGGUCAGGAUCAAUGCACCUGACGACUCUUUCUUCGAGUUGGUGUCGCUUCGCCCCGGCGGUGUGUACACGAAAUCGCAGCUGCAGAAGGAGGUGAAAACCCUAGCCUCCUGCGGAAUGUUCGAGAAGGUCGACAUGGAAGGGAAGACCAACCCUGACGGAACCAUCUCCCUCACCAUCGCUUUCACGGAGAGCACCUGGCAGUCUGCCGAGAAGUUCCGCUGCAUCAACGUCGGCCUCAUGGCUCAGUCCAAGCCCAUCGAGAUGGACCCCGACGUGACUGACAAGGAGAGACUCGAGUACUACAGGUCCCGAGAGAGGAACUACAAGAGGAGGAUGGAGAGGGCAAGGCCAUGUCUUUUGCCAAUGUCAGUUCAUAGGGAGAUAGCAGAUAUGUUGAGGAGCCAGGGAGCAGUUAGUGCCAGGUUGCUUCAGAGGAUAAGGGACCAUGUCCAGAAGUGGUACCAUGAUGAAGGGUAUGCUUGUGCCCAGGUUGUAAACUUUGGGAACCUCAAUACCCAGGAGGUUGUUUGCGAGGUUAUGGAAGGGGAUAUUACCCAAUUGACCAUUAUGUUCCUGGACAAGCUUGGGAAUGUUGUUGAAGGCAACACCCAAAUCCCGGUGGUGCAAAGAGAACUUCCCAGGCAGCUUCGCCCAGGGUACGUUUUUAACAUUGAAGCUGCCAAGCAAGCCUUGAGGAACAUAAACUCGUCCCUUGCUUUGUUUUCAAAGAUUGAGGUGAAUCCAAAGCCUGAUGAGAAGAGCGAGGGAGGCAUUAUUGUUGAAAUUAAGCUAAAAGAGUUGGAUCAGAAAACGGCUGAAGUCAGUACUGAGUGGACUACUAGACGAGGAAGGCGUCCCACUUUGGCUUCACUGCAGCCAGGAGGAACUGUUACGUUUGAACAUCGGAAUCUGCAAGGGUUGAAUAGAUCUUUUUCUGGUUCAGUGACAACUAGCAACUUCUUCAAUCCUCAGGAUGAUCUUGCAUUUAAGCUUGAGUAUGCACAUCCAUAUUUGGAUGGCGUAUAUGAUCCACGCAACCGUACCCUCCGGGUAAGCUGCUUCAACGGCCGAAAGCUGAGUCCAGUAUUCACUGGGGGACCAGUGGUGGAUAAAGUGCCCUCAAUAUGGGUUGAUCGUGCUGGUCUUAAAGCCAAUAUCACAGAGAAUUUCACACGUCAAAGUAAAUUCACUUAUGGACUAGUCAUGGAAGAGAUAACAACACGUGAUGAGAGUAGUCAUAUCUGUGCCAGUGGUCAAAGAGUUUCGCCUAGCGGAGGGAUUAGUGCAGAUGGACCUCCAACCACGCUCAGUGGUACUGGUAUUGAUAGGAUGGCAUUUUUACAGGCAAACAUCACACGAGAUAAUACAAAGUUUGUGAAUGGAGCUAUAGUUGGAGAAAGGAAUGUGUUCCAGGUUGAUCAAGGCCUUGGCGUUGGCAGCAACUUCCCAUUCUUUAACCGUCAUCAGUUAACCAUUACACGAUUUAUCCAGUUGAUGCAAGUCGAGGAAGCGGCUGGGAAACCACCAUCGCCAGUGGUUGUCCUUCAUGGCCACUACGCUGGAUGUGUAGGUGACCUUCCAAGUUAUGAUGCUUUUCCUCUUGGAGGUCCCUAUUCUGUAAGGGGUUAUAACAUGGGUGAGCUUGGAGCAGCCAGAAAGAUCCUCGAGCUAUCAGCUGAGCUACGGGUACCUGUUAAGGGUACACAUGCUUAUGCGUUUGUUGAGCAUGGCAAUGAUCUAGGAAGCUCAAAGGAUGUCAAAGGGAAUCCUACGGAAGUCUACAGGCGAAUGGGUCAUGGAUCUUCUUAUGGUGUUGGUCUCAAACUUGGGUUCGUAAGAACAGAAUAUGCCGUUGAUCAUAACUCGGGAACUGGUGCAGUUUUUUUCCGUUUUGGGGAGAGAUUUUGAGGCAAGAUUUUGUCAAGUUUACUGCUGAGUUGGUAUAUUCGUUUCUAUUUUUUGAUGGAAGGAGUAUUUCAGCCCUCGAUGAAAGAAAUACUGGUUUUGUAGAUGCUUAAAUCUACUUGUACAAAUUGGUGUUGUGUGAAUUCCAUACUACUCUUGGGUGUUCAUGUAUA